CUUGCGAGUACCGCCGACCAACAAUACACAACUUCAACGGCAACGAAGUCACAGUCGAGUUCGAUUCAACCUCGGUUGGAACUAUUUACUAAUCGAAGGGACUCCAUACAGAGUCAAUGGAAAAGUCACAGUCGUGCUCGAGACUGACGUUCCGCGUUGUUCGGAUCACUUUGACAAGCGCUAAAUAGUUAUUCGAAGUGACACGCGCCAUUACAACUUACUUUUUGGAGCCCGGGGAUUUCAAUAUCGACUACAAUGAGCGUGAUAUCGGCCUUCUCAACACUACUUGUCCUCGGACUGCUGUCAGUGGAAGUGCGCUCAGCCCCGUAUUCGGUGCGGGCAGACGGCACUCCAGGACGACACUGGGAAACACUUUACACACGCUCAUUGGCUCGUAAUCCCUGGGAAAAAAGAGACAUCAACCGGGAUGGUGAUUAUCUAAUGGGCAUCAAAAGACUCAGACGACUGUAUUGCAAUGUGGGGAUUGGGUUCCACAUUCAAGUCUUACCAGAUGGCAAGAUAAAUGGGGUGCAUAACGAAAACCGAUAUAGUCUGUUAGAGAUCUCACCAGUGGAGAGGGGAGUUGUGACUCUUUUUGGUGUCCGGAGCGGUCUGUUUGUUGCCAUGAACAGCAAAGGGAAGCUUUAUGGAUCUAGUCACUACAACAAUGAGUGCAAGUUUAAGGAGAAUCUUCUUGCAAACAACUACAACGCAUAUGAAUCAGCGGCUCACUCAGGGAUGUAUAUUGGACUGAGCAAGACGGGCAGGACAAAGAAAGGAAACCGAGUGACUCCAGCCAUGACCGUGACACACUUCUUACCCAGAAUCUGACCUACAGGGAUGCUGCCUGCACGUCGGACAGUCAUACCUCAGCUCGUCUAAUGAGAAGUACACACACGGUUGGACACAAGCAGCAAGAAAAUGAAAAGCACUUUUGAACAAUGAGAGAAAGAUAGAAAAAAAGUUUGGAGUAUAUUUAAAUAUGAUUAUUUAAGUAUGUACUGUAUAUUAUGAAAAAAAAUAUUUUAUUUAUUUUCCUGUGAGAUGUUUUUUUAUUACUUAAAAAAACGCGGAGCUGAAAGAAUGGCGGGCAGAGAAUUUUUAAUAUUUAUCGGAGCCGGUGCUGCUAGUUUCUUUGUUACAAGGCCGAUAUUUGGAUGAUCUCACCACAAUAAUGGACUUUUGGAGAGGAUUAUAUUUGCACUGUUUACAAAAAGUGUGGCACGAUGACUGAAGAACUACAUCC